AUGAAUUCCACGACAUAUAGCAUCCCAUUGGCAAUUGGGGCCAUUCCGCCCUACCUCCAAUUUGUCGCAUUCGGAUGUGUUCUCGCCGUGGGAUACAACAUCUGGUGGGCACUGGUAUCGGAACGUCGUCUGCCUGGCUUCCCUGUUGCGACGUUGGAAGGACAAGGCCUUCCACCAAAGGAGAGCUACUUUAAAGAUGCCAGUGGAACGAUUGCAAGCGGAUUGAAAGCGUAUGCUGGCCCUUUUCAAAUCAUUACUGGUACUGGACCAAAAAUUGUCCUGCCCAACAAAUACGCAGACGAGCUGCGCAACCGACCGGAGUUAGAUUUUAAUGAAGCAUUUCGCAAAGAUUUUUUUGCCCAUUAUUCCGGAUUUGAUGGGUUCCGUGCCAGCCUGGACAACCCUACGCUGAUUCCGUCCACUCUUAGAGUCAAGCUGACGCAAAGCUUGGGACUCGUGACGAAUCACCUUGUCGAUGAGGCGACCAGCGCGCUGCAUCAACUCUACGGCGAAGAUCGCGAGUGGCAAUCCAUUGCCGUAAAACAACACAAUCUCAAUCUGGUUGCACGCCUAUCGUCACGAGUCUUCUUGGGAAGACCCAUCUGUCGCAAUGAGCAGUGGCUGGAAAUUGCCAAGAAUCACACAGUUGACUCAUUUCUGGCUGCUCGAGAUCUCCGGGCUCAACAUUUCUUUAUGCGUCCCAUUAUGCAUUACUUCAUGCCGCACAAUAAGAAUAUACAGAGACAUUACACCGAUGCCAAAAGAAUCAUCAGCACUGAGGUGGAGAGGAGAAAGAUACGAGCUCAAAUAUUGCUGGAGGCUGGUGACAAACCGCCAAAGGUGUCGGAUGCCAUUGGAUGGAUGGUAGAGAUGGCUGGUGGGAAAAAGGUCGAUUACGUUGCUGCUCAGCUCUCGCUCACGGUUGCUUCUAUCCAUGCCACAACUGAAGCAUUGACAAUAGCAUUGUUGGAUCUUGUCAGCCAUCCCGAAAUCAUUCCUCAGCUGCGCAAGGAGAUCAUUGAGGUCUUGGGAGACGCAGGUUGGUCAAAGCAGGCGCUGUACAAGAUGAAGCUUAUGGACAGCUUUUUGAAGGAAUCUCAGCGCCUACAUCCGCCCAGCGAUGUCUCGAUGAACCGGAAAGUGAUGCGUCGUUUGACACUUUCUGAUGGAACUGUGCUUCCCAAGGGAGCCCGUCUGAUGGUUGCCGCCAGGUUUCGAGACGCUGAAAUCUAUCCAGAACCAGAUGCGUUUGACGCGACCCGUUUCCUUCGGCUGCUCAACAAUACUUCUUCCAAUAGCCCACACCAUUACGUCUCCACAUCUGCUGAGAUGUUUGCUUUCGGUACGAUACGUUGCCACGGAAAGCAUGCCUGCCCCGGACGAUUCCUUGCGAGUGCAGAGCUUAAGAUUGCACUUUCACACAUGCUGCUAAAAUAUGACUGGAAACUCGACAAGUCAGACACAAUGCCAAGAUUCUUUGCAAAUGAAACGGCGCACAUGACGAAUCCAGGAUUGAAGCUCAUGGUCAGGAGGCGAACCGAGGAGAUUAACCUUGAUCUAGACGUGGAUCCGGAUUUGAUUGAUGUAGAAGACUAG